AUGGCAAACCCCGCGAAUUCCCAAGCUGCUCCCCAGUUCUCGGCUGGCGUUGACGAGCCGGCUCUAACACGGACGCUAGAGACUUUGCUGGCAUCAGCAGAGCAUGGCGGUCGGUGGGUACUGAUCGCUAGCGGCGAGGGUCUGGAAAGGAGCUUCAAGUUCAAGACGUUUGCGAAGACAUGGGACUUUAUGACUGCAGUAUCACUGCAGUGCAAGCUCAAAAACCAUCACCCGGAAUGGUCUAACGUCUAUAAUACGACGUAUAUCCGGUGGACAACGCAUAAUCCGAAGGGCCUCUCCGCCAAGGAUGUCGAGCUGGCUGCGAUUUGCGACGGCCUCGCUAGUGACUUUGGUGAGAUUAUCGAGGAGACUGAUAGCUGCGAGCUAAAACGGGUGGCUGACCGUGCGGUCACCAACGCGGGUGAUUGCUGUACUCCUAAGAAAUGA